CCUGUGAUCACAAUUCUUAGAAAAAACUGAACAAUAUAAAGUGAUUCAGCAAAACACCAGCUUCUAGCAAAAAGGGGCAUAAUACAAAAUUUUUCAACAGAUGUGGCAACAGUUCUAUCGUAAAUAAUCAACCUUAGACAGCUAUGAAAUCGUGGCCUAAAUAGUCUUUCCUCAUAAUAGAUACAAUGUUAUCUUUGAUUGAUGAUUUAUGAAUCAUGGACGAAAUCCAAGAACCAUUAUUUACUAUUUAGACAGUCUUGAUUAACGAAGUCGCCAGCAGUAACUAACUACUUAAUACUCAUAAGGUUUGUGAUGUAUGUACCCAAGACAUCAAAAACAACAAAAUAUUUGUAGUGGAGCGGAGAUGGGCUCUGUUGAUUGAUGAAAGCUUCACAGGUGAUACACGAUCCAUUGUUCCCACUACUCAUACAUACAAUUUUCCUUUUACUUUGGUAGGUCCCAAUUGACAAGCUACUUCACUUGCUAGCUUUAGAUCCAUUCUUCGUUGUGUUCCUUCACCACUCACUAAACCAAAACCAAACUGUAAUAAUCUUUUCUCUCAAUUCAAUCUUUGAUUUGUGAAAAAAUGGCUGAGGCCUUACUUGGAUUUGCAUCUGAGAAGUUGCUUGCACUGAUUCAAAACGAAUUUGCAACCAUUUCUGGAGUCAAGGAAAGGGCUGAAAGGCUAUCAAGCACUAUGGAGUUGAUCAAGGCCGUUCUUGAAGAUGCUGAGGAGAAACAAAUAACUAGCCAUGCUGUCAAGGUUUGGCUACAGCAACUCAAAAAUGCUGCGUACGUGCUGGAUGAUAUCCUCGAUGAAUGUUCCAUAAAAUACCAUCAACUUGGUGGCUUAUCCUCUUUCAAACUGAAAAACAUCAAGCUUCGUCAUGAGAUUGGCACCAAGCUCAAAGACAUCACCAGGAGAUUUGAUCAAAUUGCUGAAGACAAGAAGAAUCAUGGCCUGUGUGAGGGUGUUAGGCGAAGGCCAAGUGAAGUGGAUGAAUGGCGCCAAACCAGCUCAACCGUUGACCAACCUCGAGUAUAUGGACGAGAUGAUGACAAAAAGAAGAUUGUGGAGUUUCUUCUUAGCCAAGCACCGGGCUCGGACUCCCUUUCUGUCUAUCCCAUCGUUGGCUUGGGUGGUCUUGGAAAAACAACACUUGCCCAAUUUGUCUACAAUGAUAAAGCGGUAAGUAGCCAUUUUGAUAAAAGAAUUUGGAUUUGGGUUUCUGAAAAUUUUGAUAGGAAGAGGAUUUUGUGUUCCAUUAUAGAACAUAUCACAGAGAAAAAGUACCAGGUCAUGGACUUAGAUGUAAUGGAAAGAGAAGUGCAAAAACUAUUGCAAAGCACAAGGUACUUGCUCGUUUUAGAUGAUGUGUGGAUAGCAAAUAAGGAAUUGGAAUUCGGAUUAACCCAAGAGAAAUGGAAUAAGUUGAAAUCUGUGUUGUCAUGCGGAUCCAAAGGUGCUUCCAUUUUGGUGUCUACUCGAGAUAAGGAAGUUGCAGCAAUCAUGGGAACAUGCAAAGCUCGUCAUUUGUCUGUUCUAUCCGACGAUGACUGUUGGUCAUUGUUCAAUCAAUAUGCAUUUGGACCUGACAAAGAAGAGCGUGAAGAGCUUGUGGCUAUAGGCAAGGAGAUAGUAAAGAAGUGUGGGGGAUUGCCUCUUGCAGCACAAGCAUUAGGAGGUCUAAUGCGCUCAAAGAGUGAGGAAAAUGAAUGGCUUGAAAUUAAGGAAAGUGGGCUUUGGGCUUUAUCAGAUGAAAAUUCUAUUUUGCCUGCAUUGAUGUUGAGCUACUUACAUUUGACACCAAUCUUAAAGCAAUGUUUUUCAUUUUGUGCCAUAUUUCCCAAAGAUAGAGAGAUCUUGAAGGAAGAAUUGAUUCAUCUUUGGAUGGCUAAUGGGUUUAUUUCAUCUAGGCCAAACUUGGAGGUAGAAGAUGUUGGCAAUAUAAUUUGGAAAGAAUUGUACCAAAAGUCAUUCUUCCAAGAUGUCCAGAUGGAUGAUGCUUCAGGAAGAAUUUUAUUCAAGAUGCAUGAUCUUGUCCAUGAUCUUGCAAAGUCAGUUAUGGGGCAAGAGUGUCUGAUUUUGGAGAAUUCAAACAUGACUGAUUUGUCAAAGAGCACACACCACAUUAGCUUUGGCUCUAGUCUAUCAUCCUUCAGCGAGGGAGCUUUGCAAAGAGUUGAAUCUUUGAGAACGUUAUAUCAGUUUGAAUUUCCACUUGACUACAAAAUUUCAGGUUACUUUCCAAUAAACAGUUCUCUCAGGGUUUUACGCACAAGUUUUUUUGAGUUAUCAUCACUCGGGAUUUUAAUCCAUCUGAGGUACUUGGAGCUUCGACAUUUGGAGAAAGAAACCUUGCCUGACUUAAUCUGUAGCUUGCAGAAAUUGGAAAUCUUGAAAUUGAUUGCAUGUUGCAAGCUAAAGUUUCUGCCAAAACAAAUGAGUUGCUUAAAAAACCUCAGACAUUUUGUCAUCGAAGGUUGUUCUGAUUUGACUCAUAUGUUUCCUAAAAUUGGAAAAUUAUCUUGCCUAAAAACAUUAAGUAUGUACAUUGUCAGUUCAGAGGAAGGGCACAGCUUGGGAGAGUUACAGCAUUUAAAGCUGGGAGGAAAACUGAGCAUCAAAGGCCUAGAAAACGUUAGCAGCUUAUGUGAGACUGAAGGGGCCAAUUUGGUAGGAAAGAAAGACCUAAAGGAGUUAUGCUUAUCAUGGGGCAACAAUGGUGAGACCACGUCACAUGGUACUAAUGUUGAACAAGUACUUGAAGUGCUUCGGCCUCAUUCAAAUCUCAAGAAGUUGGAGAUAAAUAGCUACGAAGGGUUAAACUUGCAAAGUUGGAUGGGAAUUCUGAAUGGUUUGGUUGCUCUUAGACUUUUUAAUUGUAAGAACUGCACACAUCUUUCGUCACUUGGUAAACUACCAUUUCUAAGAAAGCUUGAAUUAAAGAAAAUGGAUAAUGUGCAGUACCUUCUCAACGAUGAAUGUUACAAUGAGGUGGAAGUGACUGUGUUCCCGUCACUGGAGUAUCUCAAGAUACUAAGGUUACCAAAGUUAGAGCGGUUGUUGAAAGUGGAAAGAGGGAACGUGUGCCUCCGUCUUUCUGACUUAUACAUCUCUAAUUGCCCUAAACUCGAGUUGCCAUACCUUCCGUCUGUUAAAAGACUAAUAUGCAAUGGGUGUAACGAUAUGUUUUUGAGCUCAAUAUCAAGCUUCAACACUCUUACAGUCCUUGAACUUACUGCAGAUAGAAACACGACAAUCACAUCCUUCCCAGAAGGAAUGCUGAGAAACCUCACUUGUCUUAAAGCUCUCCGUAUAUAUAAUUUCCAAAAAGUGAAGGAAUUUCCGAAUGAAAUCAUCUACCUUAAAGCUUUGGACGAUUUGCGGAUCUAUUUACCGGAGAUUGAGUGUUUACCGGAGCAUGUUUGGGAAGGUCUAUGCUCUCUUCGAACUUUGCAGAUUCGUAGUUGUGAAGGAUUGAGAUCCUUGCCGGAAGGUUUUCAAAACCUGAUUUCGCUUCAGCUUCUGUUAAUUGUUGGCUGUCCAGCAUUGAGUGAGCGGUGUAAGGAGGGAACAGGGGAGGAUUGGCACAAGAUCAAGCAUGUUCCGAAAUUAGUUUUGGACGGUGACCCGGGUAUCCUCAACUAUAUAUGGUGA